AUGUCUCAUUCCACACUUGGAUGUCAGAUCGCCCCACGAUAUCAUCACGAAUACGACUCCAACUCAUCUAGCGAGUCCGAGCUGGGAAUACAAGCUUCCGCCGCCGCCAGCUCUACUCCUCUGGAGCAGCAGACCACGGGUGUCAAGACCGAGACGGUGCAUGGCACCACCGCCGCUCCCAAUAGACUAACAACGCUGCAGCGUGGCCGCACAAAGAGUAGCCGCAGGAUCGUGCAAGAACAGGCGCCUGUCGGGUUCUUUCACUCGUCCAUGGCCGGUGUCAGGCUACACGUGAUCAGGCUCUGGCUUCGUACAAAUCUCAUUCUCGCCAUUGCCAUCAUGGCCUUUCUUUGCCUUUUCUGGGGUGCACUGUUUCGUCAAAAUGCAAACGUGGGGGGUCUGAACAUCUCCAUUGUAGACUUCGAUGGCCAGCCACCGUUUACCGGGGUCGCACCCUUCGUGGGUCCGUUUGUCACUCGCACUGUUCGCAGCAUUAUGGAGGAAGAUGGCGUGGUGCCUGGCUACACCUUUGCGUCUCCCGAAGACUUCAACAACGACUCGCUGAACGUACGCAACAAAGUUUACGACUUCCAUGCCUGGGCGGCCGUCAUCAUGAAUUCCAACGCCACAGCAAUGCUCGAUGCCGCAGUGAAACUGGGGAACGCGAGCUACGAUCCCUUGGGUGCCUGCCAGAUCAUCUAUAAUUCGGCGCGCGAUCAAAUUACCACCUCGACUUACAUUGUACCCAGUAUUAACACCCUCCAGAAGCGCGUAGUCACCGAAUUUGGCCGCGCGUGGAUCGCACAUCUUCUCCAGAACAACGUUUCAGUUACGGACAUGCGCCUAGACAUCGUACCUCAAGCUCUCUCUCCCGGCAUUGAGUUCACCGUCAACGACUUGCGCCCCUUUGGACCGCCUAUCGCUACACCCGCGGUUAGCAUUGGCCUUAUAUACCUGAGUGAGCAAUAUUCCUGUACGAACCGCAUGUGA